GGACACCGGUGUGUCACGUGAACCACGCCGACCAAUCAGGACCACGAGCGCGACCAGACGAAAACAUACCAGACAUUUUUCCACCGUGUAUCAUGGCAUGUGAUCACAAUACUACACAUUAUUAUUCUGUGGGAUGACUCAGAAAUUGAUAUUACUUUUUGGCUGUUCGUGCUCUGUGUUAGGUCGGUCUACUUGUUUUUUUUUUGUUAUUAAUUAUUAAUUUAAAAGAAAUCACCCCGCGGUUGUGUCGGACAAUUAAUUAUUUCAUAUGCGUUUUCGGUAUUAACUUUUUUUAAUUAUUCAAGUGUCGUUCGGUAUAUAGUCUUACGUCUACCAAAACGGUUAUCACUGUUAAACUUGUCCGGACAAGUCUGAUCAAAGGUAUAUCGUUUUCGUGUCGAAAACUCGUCUUUCUUCUUUUAAUGGAUAUGGAUAUUUUGUCGUACUCUACCAGGAUGUUCUCUGUGCCGCAUCUUGAUUAAGCUUUGAUAGCUUUUACAAUGGUCAUUUUGGAUGAUAACAAAUCAAAUUUGAGUAAAAUUAUUAAAGAAACGAAACAUGGCUGGAGAUGUGCAACGAUUAAACAGUCCAGUCUCGUUGUUGCCUAGACGUUUAAAUUUCAAUGAUUCUGAUGAAUCUUCACCUAGUCAUAACAAUGCAAGUUCUCAAGAUUCACCUAAAACACCACCCAACCAUGGACUACACGUACCACCUAUGACACCUGCUUGUCGAAAACAUCGUCCUUGUAUUCCAUUAAGGUUUGCAGAAUAUUUAGCUUCACCGUCUAAACCCGAUUCGCCUCAGAAAGAUGAAUUAGCCUAUUCACCUCCGAUUAAACGAAUUCGUUUGCUUAAAUUGGAAGAAGGAAUAUAUGAUCGUUCUCAUUCUGGAUUAAAAUUUUCUAGGGCGUAUGAACAUAAGACUCCACAUAGCUCAUUCAAUGAUUCAAGCCUAUCUAAAGUUAAACAGUUCAGCAUAAAUCCAUUUUCUCCUGCAGCAACUGAUUUACGUCAUAAAUGGAUGAACAACAGCUAUAAUAACAACAACAACAACAAUAAUGAUCUAUCAUUAUCUGAUAGUUGGUCUAAGGAUUUGACCAAUGUUGAAUUAACUGAUCUCGAAGUUACUAGGUAUUUUAAAGAAUUUAAAGUGGAUGAGCUUAUAGGUAAAGGCGAUUUUGGAGAAGUUUACAAAUGUAUAAACAUGUUGGAAGGCAUGCCAUAUGCUAUCAAAAAAACACUAAAAAAAGUGGUCGGUACUAGACGUGAAAAUUAUGCACGUAAAGAAGUAUACGCAAAUGCAGCUUUAUUUAGUCAUCCAAACAUUGUUGCAUAUCACUCAGCCUGGAAUGAAAGCAAUUCAGUCUUUAUACAGCUUGAUUACUGUGACGGCGGCAAUUUGGAUGAUCUAAUAUUUACGAAAAACCACAAGUUCAAUGAUGCUGCAGUGGAACGUCUACUAUCACAUUUAGCCAGUGGUCUUCAUUACAUGCACAUGUCAAAAAUGGUUCACUUGGAUAUAAAACCAGCCAACAUUAUGAUAAGUCAUUCUCAGUACCCUAAAGAAGACGAAGACAAAGUCGAUAGAGAUAUAAUUUAUAAAAUUGGAGAUCUCGGUCAUGUAGCACACUUAGAAAAUUUAUCUGAUGUAGAAGAUGGUGAUGCUCGUUAUUUGCCCAAAGAAAUGCUCAGUGGUAAAUAUGACAGUACCUCUAUUACUAAGGUCGAUAUAUUUUCAUUGGGAAUGACUGCUUAUGAAGCUGUUGCGAGACUACGAUUGCCAAGUGAUGGAUCCGAAUGGCAUUUUCUCAGAGAUGGUUUUGUACCUGAUAUUGAUGGUUUUGGAUUAAGUUUAUUAAUAGCUAGUAUGAUUGACCCUGUGCCUCAUAAUCGACCUAGUGCUAUUGAUGUCUUCAAGAAUGUUACCUCUAAAGCUAGAGAACUAGCCGAACUGUCAACUUUACAAUUUAAAAGAGAGUACUUCGCUAGUUGUUCAACGACAAAAUCCACACAAUGUUCGCCGAAGAGAGCUGGAACUAAUAUAAAACGAAACCCAAUGGCAUUGAGUACGUGGCACAAAAGGAGAUUAGUUGGACAAAAAUCUCAACGCUAUUCUUCGUUUUGAAAAGACAUUUGUAACUUACCGUGCACUGUCCUUUGUGUAAAUAAAAACUUGAACUCUGUGAUGAUAAUUAUAAUAUUGUUUUUUUUUAAUAUAUACAAAUUAUUAUUUUUUUUAUAAAAAAAAAGAGAUUAACUGUGAAUUUUUUUGUAUUUGUUUGUGAAGUUAUAUGAUUUUUGUUUAAGAUUGCGCUAGUUGUUCGUAAUAAGUUAUUAGCGGUUUGAUAAAAUAUCUCUUCAUCACAUUGUCUACUAAUACUAUUAUUAUUAUUAUUUGUUCAUAUAAUUACCUACAAUAUUAAGUUUGAAAUUAAAUUGUUUAGCCACUAUUUUUUAUUUUA